AUGACAUUCCUGCAAAGGGUGCGUUCCCCGUCCCUCUCCUUCUUCCAGACGGUGGUGUCCCUCCUCCUCAGCACCGUGGCCCUGGUGUCCUCCUUCUGGUGCGUGGGUCAGCAGAAGGUUCCCAAGCCGCUCUGCACGGCCACAAAGCACAGCAACUGCAUCCCCGUCCCGGGCCUGUCCAACUCCUCCAACAUCCAGUUCUUCUGGGAGACCGGGGACGACCGCUUCGUCUUCCCCACCUUUCACACCGGCCUCUUCUUCCUCUGCGAGGAAAACAUCUAUGCAGACGAGUGGGAGGAGAGGUGCCGAGGGUUUUACACCUUGACUCCCGGAUCCGAAAAAGCCAUGAUGUGGCUGUCUCUGUCCAUGGAGCUGGGCUACAUCGGGCUGCUGCUGAUCAGCUGCGUGCUGCUGUCCGUGCAGCUGUGCCUCAGGGCCUGGUUCCCCUCCACGCUGCGCUGGGGCCAGCUGCUCAACGCUUUCGCCGCUAUCUUCACAGUGCUGGCAGGUCUGCUCGGGAUGGUGGGUCACAUGAUGUUCAUGCAGGUGUUCCAGACGACUGCCUCAAUGGGACCAGAGGACUUUAAACCCCACAGCUAUGGCUACUCCUGGGCGUUCUAUGUGGCCUGGCUGGCCUUCACGGUCUGCAUGGCGGCCGGCGUGUCCACCCUCAACAACUACACCAAAAAGGUCCUGAUGGUGGGUCCCAGGCGUACGUCGGGCCUCAACCCGUGCAGCUUUGACUGCGUGGGGCUCUUCCCCCCGGCCUCGUAUUAUACCCCUCCCAACCCAAACAUCCCCUUUGCCUCACCCUUUCCCGCCCCGCCCAUCUCCCACCUGUCUCCCUACUACGAGCCCCCGUCGGCCGCCCCCCCGCCCCCGUCUCCCCGGCUCACCCCCCCCCCCCCUCUUCCCCCUAAAGCCCUCCGACUCCUUCCCGCCCCCCCCGCCCCACCCCGCACCUCCGUCUCCUUUCCACCGUCUGUCCCUCCCCUCCCCGUCUCCCUCGCACCCUCCCUCGAUCCACAUCACGCUGCCGGGACUCAGGGAGACUCACCUGGGCCGGGAGGAGGAAUACAGCCCGCUCUGAGC